AUGAAAAGUCUCAAACAAAUAAUUGAUGAAGCAAACAUAAAACCAAACAAGUUAAAAGAAUUUGGCAUUGAUUUUCCAAACAUGGAACAAUUCAUUGAUGUGUCCCUAAUGCCAAACUCAAUGCUAUUCAAAACAAUGCCAACGAUAUUUACUUGCGAUGGUGAUGAGAUUUUUGAGUUCAAAAGAACUGAACAACAUGAUAUGCUACAAUCUAGUCCAAGAAAAAUAAUUCAUUCAAACGAUGAUGAUGCUGUUCAUACCCUUUUAGAAUCAGAAAUGCUUAGUGAAGAUAAUGACGAAUUAUGGAGUGAAGUAUUAGAAGAAGAAGAACAAGUAAUAAAUUCAACAUGGCAAACAACGCAACAUAUAUUAUCUCAUGACGACAUCCUAGAAUCAGAGUUUUGGUUGGAUUGA